AUGAAUUGGGUAAAUAAGAGUGUCCCACAGGAGUUCAUUCUGUUAGGUUUCACAGAUCAACCAUGGCUAGAGAUUCCACUCUUUGUGAUGUUUCUGUUUUCCUAUAUCUUGACAAUCUUUGGCAAUCUGACAAUAAUUCUUGUGUCACAUUUGGAUUUCAAACUCCACACCCCUAUGUACUUUUUUCUUAGCAAUCUCUCACUCCUGGACCUUUGCUAUACCACAAGUACAGUUCCACAAAUGCUGGUAAACAUAUGCAACACUAGGAAAGUAAUCAGUUAUGGUGGCUGUGUGGCCCAGCUUUUCAUUUUCCUGGCCUUGGGUUCCACUGAAUGUCUUCUCCUGGCCAUGAUGUCCUUUGAUAGGUUUGUAGCUAUUUGUCGGCCUCUACAUUACUCAAUUGUCAUGCACCAGAGGCUCUGCCUCCAGUUGGCAGCUGCAUCCUGGAUUAGUGGCUUUAGCAAUUCAGUAUUACAGUCCACCUGGACACUUAAGAUGCCACUGUGUGGUCACAAAGAAGUGGAUCACUUCUUCUGUGAAGUCCCUGCUCUGCUCAAGUUGCCCUGUGUUGAGACAACAGCAAAUGAGGCUGAACUAUUCUUCAUCAGCGUGCUGUUCCUUCUAAUACCCAUGACACUUGUCCUUAUAUCAUAUGCUUUUAUUGUCCAAGCAGUGUUGAGAAUUCAGUCUGCUGAAGGUCGACGAAAGGCGUUUGGGACAUGUGGCUCCCAUCUAAUUGUGGUGUCACUUUUUUAUGGUACAGCUAUCUCCAUCUAUCUGCAACCACCUUCACCCAGUUCCAAAGACCGGGGAAAGAUAGUUUCUCUUUUCUAUGGAAUCAUUGCACCCAUGCUGAAUCCCCUUAUAUAUACACUUAGGAACAAAGAGGUAAAGGAAGCCUUUAAAAGGUUGGUUGCAAGAGUCUUCUUAAUCAAGAAAUAA